UUCAAAAGACAAAGCGGGGAAAAUACCCUUAUCGUCGAUUCCUCUCCAUCUCUCUCGUACACGUAUAACGGCUCUCUUUGUGCUAACUGUUGGAAAUUUCAAAUAUCACCUCUUUGAUCAAAAAAGUAUUUUAAAAACGUUUUCCUUCUCCUCAGAAUUUGAAGUUUUGAAUUUGGUUUCUGUCUUUUCUCUCAUCAAUUCAAUUUCUCACACUCUCUCUCUCUCUCUCUCUCUCUCUGCUUGAAUUUCUUGAGCACAAAUGGGUUGCUGCCUCAGCAAGAAGACUUCUCCAUCAUCUUCUUCCCCGAGUGGAGUAUCCCCAGAUCCGAACAAAUCGGCCAUUGAUAAACCUCCGAAACCAGAGGCUGAAGCGCAGGCGAAGAAGCUCGAAGUAGAAGAACCAAAACCCAAGAACGAAGCAGAGAUACAAGAAAACAGCAACCCGAGGAAAGAAGUGUUCGUGAUCAAACAUCGGAGGAGCCAUGAGCGAUCCAAGACGACGACGACGACAGAUCCGGAGGAUUCGACUGCUUCCGAGGAGAAAUCAACCGGCACUACGAAUCAGACUCCAGCCGACGUAGAUGCUAUACUGAUUCAAUGCGGGAGACUAAGCCGGAGCAACUCAGCCGCGGCGAAAACCAGGAGAUACUCUGGAUCCAAGAGGAGCUUCGAUUUCGACAAGAACGAGCGGAGCCGCGACGGUGACGCCGACGAAGCUGAUGCGGAAGACGGAGGGGAGGAAGAAGCCGAGCGGCGGAUUCAUCGGCAGCGCCAACGCGGCGGCGGAGAGUCGCCUCGGGAGCGGCGGAGGCGGACUCCGAGCAGAGAAAGGGAAGAUUCGAAGAGCUACCGAUCGGGAAGUAGGGAGAGGGGAAGCGGAAGCAGACGAGUAAGCAGAUCUCCGGGAAGAAGAUCGGAGACGAACCCUAACCCUAAUUCGUGCGCCGGCAGUGGCAGUUCUGUAAAUUCGAGUAACAACAAUAGACCUGCCAAGUUCGUCUCCGUUCCCGCAACGGAUAAAGACAAGAGCAACCACAACGCCGCAGAGGCUUCUAUCAAGCGGGUUGCUGUCAAGAGAAACGUGGCGUCUCCGAGGUCACAGUCUCCGGCAAGAGCUCAGUCUCCGCAAAGAAGCAACGCUCAGCCUUCCCCGUCGAAGCUCAGGAGGAAAACUGAACAUUCUCCCUACAGGAGGAACCCUUUGGGAGAGAUUGAUCCAAACUCUUUGGCCUAUCCUCAACCUCAUGGCAACAAGAAGAUGAUGAACAGAGACAAUGAAUCUGCCAAUCUCGAGGGUCAGAUGAAUGCUAAAAUGGGAACUCAAGCUCCAAUCCGCAGAAGCGCAAGCCCGAGUCGUGUCACGAAAGAGCAGCAAGAGGCGGUGGAAGAGUGUAAGAUAGUGGUGUCAGGAAUUGAAAACCCGAAGCCUCAGAUUAUGAGCAGGAGCAGAUCAUUGAGGAAGUCACGCGAUUUCGAUUUCUGUCCGGAAGCAUUGCUCUCAAACAACAUCGACAACAACAAUAACAAUGCACCUGCAUCUUACGCAGCUUUGCUUUUAGAGGACAUUCAAAACUUCCAUCAGAAGAGUGUCAAUGUCAAUGCCAUCAGCUCAUCUAUGUCCAAAGCCUGCUCCAUCGUUGAAGCAGUCUCAGACCUUAACUCCACUACGAAUAAACACCAAAGAAGCGAGCUCAACAGUUUCACAUCAGCAGCAGCAGCAGCAGCGAAGAAAGCGGAUUUAAUGGAGCCAAGCUUUGAGAAGUACGUGACUGUUAAGAGAGGUGCUUCUUCCUUGGAGGACAUGGAGGAGCAAGAAUCUUCCGGAAGCAACAGUAUCACGGGAAGUAGCUGUGUGGUGCAACGUAAGGGAUACUCAACUUCUUCUUCGUGGGAACCGAACUCAGCUGAAUCGACGGAUCGAGUGGGUGGGAGAUCAGGCAACAAAGAGCGUGAUAGGAGUCCGUUUGGUGUGCAAGAGUUUGAUCCGUUAAAGAAGAAUGGUUUUGGAGCUGGAGGCAAAAGAGUGGCGACAACAACUCGUGUUGCGGUGUAAUAGCGAAUUCGUUUGUUUCUUGAUUGGUGUUGUGUAUCUACUCUUUUUAUAUGGUUGCAGAGUAGCAAACACCUCUGUUUCGUUUCUUUUGCAACCAUUUGGUCAUUUUUCAGUAAUUUGGGUGUUUCUUCGAUUCUGUCACGAUCUGAAUUUUAAGAUUUUUUUUUUUUGUCUUUGUUCACACUAAUUUCUGUAUGAAUUGGACAGAAAAGAAGCAGAUUGUCUCA